AGUACACUAGGUGGCGAUGUGCGCACUUCAUUCACCAGUCUUCACUCGUUAUACGAAAAGAAGAAAAUUACACACAAGACAUGUGAGAAAUACAAGGGUUGUAAGUUAACAGAAUAUAUGGAAACUGUAAUGGCUUAAAAUAUAAUGUAUAGGGGAACAAACUGUUAAACAGUGAGAUCUAAGGACCGUAACAAUACUUUGCUCCCAGGAGUCUAGCAUACAAGAGGCUAACGUAUUUGACCUCCGUAGUGAGCGUGUGUGUUUUUUUUUUUUAGGAAUAAUUUCCGACAGCAUGGUGUAUAGUAUACACAUAGCAGUUUGUUGGGAAUUACUUUAAUCUGAUCUUUUUGUUUCAAGUGAACUGUUUUAAACAUGAAUCUCAGUAUGACUCGGAAGGGAGUUGGUGUGUUUCGGUAUACGGCGACUCUCUUGCAUACAAGAAGACUGUCACAGGAUGUUCAGCUCUCAUCUGAACAAAAUAAUCCUGAUCAUGCUGACAUAAAAGAGGAGACCAUACGAGCACGGAGAGCUCCAGAUACAGCAUCUGUUUUUCUUUUCCCUGGGCAGGGCAGUCAGUUCGUCGGCAUGGGGAGAGGACUGUUAAAAUAUGGAAAUGUCAAAGAGAUGUUUUCUGUAGCUCAAAAGGUGCUCGGCUAUGAUCUGCUGUCUUUGUGUUUAAAUGGACCCGAGAAAGAUCUGAUGAAGACUGUUCACUGUCAGCCGGCUGUGUUUGUGUGCUCGCUGGCUGCUGUGGAAAGACUGAACCACGAAAAUCCUGCUGCUAUUGAAAGCUGUGUGGCCACUGCAGGGUUUAGUGUUGGAGAGUUUAGUGCUUUGGUCUUCUCUGGUGCAAUGGACUUUGCUGAAGCUCUGUUUGCUGUAAAGGUGAGGGCGGAGGCAAUGCAGAAGGCCUCCGAUCACGUGGCGAGUGGCAUGCUGUCCGUUAUUGGCCGAACCCAGGCCAACUACAAACAUGCCUGUCUUCAAGCUAGGGAGCACUGCCUUUCUCUUGGUAUCCAAGAGCCUGUGUGUGCCAUCGCAAACUACCUUUUUCCGGAUGGGAGAGUAAUAGCUGGACACAAAGAGGCUUUGGAUUUCCUUCAAGAGAAUUCCAGAAAGCUGCACUUCACAAGAACACGAAUGCUGCCGGUAAGCGGCGCCUUUCACACCGCCCUGAUGGAGCCUGCGGUCGAGCCCCUGAGAGACGUCCUCAGACGGAUAGAGAUACGACGCCCAGAGAUCACUGUACACUCUAAUGUGGACGGAAAGCGUUACAUGCAUGACAAGCACAUACAGAAGCAGCUGGCCAAACAGCUGGUGUCUCCAGUGAAGUGGGAGCAGACGCUGCAUGAGAUUUAUGAAAGAGCCCAGGGGCGAGACUUUCCUCACACUUACGAGGUGGGGCCGGGUAGACAGUUAGGCUCGACCCUUCAAAAGUGUAACAUGAAAGCAUUUAAAAAUUACACACAUGUCGAUGUUACGCUGCAAGAGGACUGAUGUUUGUGCAAUAAAAUAUGCGGGUUGACUUUUUCAGAUACACAAAAUGAGAAACAUUUUUUAUUUUAAUAUUUUAUUGCGCAAAAUUUAUGGUUUGGAAAGCCCGGCUUCCUUUAACAGUUCAGAAAUGCGUUUAGAGGAAGAGGUAACAAUUCAAUAGCCUAAUUGUCCAGCAAUAGAACACAAAAACACAUCUUUUACAGACCUGCACAUAUAUAAAUAUACAUAUAUAUGUGUGAACCAGCACUUAAAAACAGUAUAGUCGUUAUAAAAGAAAAUGCAAAUAAAAGCAGUUACCUUAAAAACAAA